UUCUUACUUUGAUGGGGCCACGAUAGUAGGUUAGUCACAAUUAUUUGAUUAUUAAUUAAUGUGCUGAACACUUUCUCAAUUAACUGAUCAGUUGUUUAGUCUAUAAUAUGUUAGAGUAUCUAAAAUGCACACAGGCUGCAUAUAGUUAUACAUUAAAACAGCUUAUUUGUACGAUCAAAAGUUCAAAAUGCAAAAAUAUUCAUUUUACCAUAAACCCUCACAUUUGAGAAUCUGGAACCAACCUAUUUUCGGUAUUUUUCGCUUGAAAAAUGUCUUAAUUGAUUAAUUGGUUAGCAAAGUAGUUGCCAAAUAGUUUUAAGUCUUCAAAACUGUGUAAACAACAAAUACCUCGACAAAAACGUCCUAUUCCUACAGAAAAAUGUGUUUUACAGACGAAAGCUAGGUGCUGCAGAGUGUAGAAAACAUCUAGGAGCACGGUGUUUCUUGAACAGCUCUCAGCUCAUUAUCAUAACUUGCUUUCGUCACUUUGUCUCGGCGGGAAAUAUCAGUGAGUUUUUUGUUUUCUGAAGAGCCCACCGCUGUUCAGCGCUUACAUUUCAGCAAUUUACUGAACUUAAUUAGUGAACCGACACUUGUUUUGUACCGCCAAGGUGUUUUUAAAGAAAAUGAUUGGACAGAAAACUAUUAACUCGUUUUUUUCGCCUGUACAGAAAAAGAGGAUUUCUGCGGAGUUAAAUGAAUCAGAGGAGGAUGCCAAAGACCCGAAGAAGCCGAAGUCCUCGGCGGUGGAGCCAGAGCCACGCAGCCCGCCUACGGCUCCUCUGUCCCCGGAGCAGCUGGACAGGAUCGCCAGCAACAAGAGAGCCGCGUUGGAGAGGCUCGCUUCCGCUCAGACGCCUCCUGGUUUCGGGGAGAGCUGGAGAAAAGGACUGUCCGCUGAGUUUGGAAAGCCGUAUUUCAAAACGCUGAUUGAUUUUGUUGCUGGAGAGAGGAAACGCCACACAGUGUACCCACCUGCUGAACAUGUCUUCACAUGGACCCAGAUGUGUGACGUCAAAGAUGUCAAAGUGGUGAUUCUUGGCCAGGAUCCGUAUCAUGGUCCUAACCAAGCACAUGGAUUGUGCUUCAGUGUCAAAAGACCAGUGCGUCCCCCACCCAGUUUGGAGAACAUGUACAAAGAACUGGUCUCAGACAUUGAAGGUUUUCAGCACCCUGGACAUGGAGAUCUGACCGGAUGGGCCAAACAAGGUGUGUUACUGCUCAACGCUGUGCUGACAGUUCGAGCGCACCAGGCCAACUCCCACAAAGACAAAGGCUGGGAGACCUUCACAGACGCUGUCGUGCAUUGGCUCAGCAACAACCUGGAAGGCCUCGUCUUCAUGCUAUGGGGAUCAUAUGCUCAGAAGAAAGGUGCUGCAAUUGAUAGGAAACGCCACCACGUCCUGCAGGCUGUGCAUCCUUCUCCUUUGUCAGCUCAUCGUGGGUUCUUUGGGUGCAGGCAUUUCUCAAAGGCAAAUGAGCUGCUAAAGAAAUCUGGAAACUCUCCUGUGAACUGGAAGGCACUUUAAGUUGUUGAUGAAUGUCUGCUUUUCUUACGCAUGUUGAUUAACUACAAACCAAAAUCCACCAAUAAGCUUUUCCUAGUUCCUUGUUUCAGCAACAAUAUGUGCAGAGUUUUCUUUAUAAAAGUGACUGAAUGUUCUGCAAAGGGCUUUUCUUCAAACUGUUGGGAUAUAUAUAUUUGUAUCAUCUGCACUUCUAGUCAGUUUCAACAUUGUAAAUAUGUUUGUGUACACUGUUGGCUUUCUUUUUUUAAAAUUGUAUUAUGUUUACAUUUUUGUACUGAAACGUUGGCUCCAUUAAAGUGGU